UACUGUGAGAGCUGUGAUUGGACACAGCUUGUCACAUGGUACAAGGCUGUUGUGAAUAGCCUUGUACCAUGUUAUUUCUGUGAUCAUUCACAGAUUUCACACGUAGUAAGCAAUGAUGUCAGAAGAGACAUCUUGUUUACUACUGUCCCUGUGAUCACUGAUUGGCCAAUCAGUGAUCACAUGAACCAGGACCUCACACAGAGGUCCCGUAGAACGAUCGGUGUUCCGCUGUGUCCCUCCGGACACAGUAGGUACUGGAUUGUGGUGCUGCGCACACAGGCUGAAAAUGUGGAUGCCGUUUAUGAACGGCAACCCACUCCUGCACUUCUCCUGUUCAGCUGUUUAUGUACAUGGGCUGGACAGAAGUGGUUA